ACAAAGAAUCUAAAAAGCAAGCCGCGUCCUGCUUGUGCAGAAACCUGGACGGAUAAAUCGCUGUCCUCGUGUCUUUGAUUGAGAGAGAAGAGUGCCCCGUGCAACCCUGUUACAAUUAUAGACUGAGAGCCGGCCCCAUCUGGCAAGCUGAGAGUGGCCGGAGCGAUGACAGGCGGAGGAUCGUCGGGGAGGAUGCCCACCUCGAAAGAGAGAGAAAACAACAAGAAGAGGGAACGACGCAGAAGGGCGAUUGCUGCCCAGAUCUAUGCCGGCCUUAGAGCGCAGGGGAACUAUAAGCUUCCCAAGCACUGUGACAACAACGAGGUCUUAAAGGCUCUCUGUGCUGAGGCUGGUUGGAUUGUUGAGGAGGAUGGAACUACCUAUAGAAAGGGAUGCAGGCCACCUCCAACUGAGAAUGGAGGAACUUCAGCUAAUAUCAGUGCUUGUUCCUCCAUACAGCCAAGCCCACAAUCCUCAUCAUUCCCUAGUCCUAUGCCUUCCUACCAUGCUAGCCCGUCUUCAUCCUCCUUCCCUAGCCCCACUCGCAUUGAUGGAAAUCCCUCUUCGUUUCUGCUCCCAUUCAUUCAGAACAUAGCGUCUAUUCCUUCGAACCUACCCCCUCUCAAGAUAUCUAACAGCGCUCCUGUAACCCCUCCUCUUUCUUCUCCGUCCUCUAGAAGCUCAAAGCGAAAAUCAGAUUUUGAGUCUCCCUCCAAUGGCUCUCUUAAAUCCUUUCGUGACCCGCUUUUUGCUGCCUCCGCCCCAUCAAGUCCUACCCGCCGUCACAAUGUUGUAGCUUCGACUAUUCCAGAAUGUAACGAGUCCGAUGCUCCUCCAGUGAACUCUGGUCGAUGGGUCAGUUUUCAGGCAGCAACGGGGGCUUCUGUUGCUCCUCCUUCACCCACCUUUAAUCUUAUGAAACCGGUGGCACAGCAAAUUUCUCAUCAGAAUUGCUUAAAUAUGAGAGGAAGCACGCAUUGGAAUCCACCUCCAGCUGCAAAGAAUGGGCGAGGAUCAGGGUUUGAGUUUGACAACGGCAGAGUCAAACCGUGGGAGGGCGAGAUAAUAGUACAGGAGGUGGGAAUGGAUGAUUUGGAGCUUACUCUAGGGUGUGGAGAGGCAUAAAGUUAAAACCAAACUGAAUACUGCCUCGAAAUGUGUUAUGUUUUUGAUUGAACUAAAAAUGAAUUGAGCCUUGAGAAUAGCCGGAAGGUGAAGGGGGUGUAGGUUGACGAAAUGAAGUCUCAGGCAAAAUUGAUGGGUCUCACGAGGCAACAAAUAGACAAUACCCAUCUUUACAAAGAAAGCCGGAUAAGGCAUUAGCAGGCAGGCAGGGCAAUUACAUAAACUUGGUGGGUUGUCGAAUAUCCAGAAACUAGCAACAUGAUGAGACAUAUGUGUAAACUAUGCAAUUAUUAUUGGAAAGCUCGCCAAUGGCAGCCUAUUUUCUUUACCGGAGCAUUUACUCCUGGCCUCCAUUUGCAAUAUUUAAGUCACGCUUUAUUACUUUUCGUCAUCAACUUUCUGUUGUAAUGCCAGCGAUCCAAAUACAAUUUCAUUUCGUUUACUG